CGUUUACCCAACAAAGUUCACUUCCAUCGCGGCAAUUCGUCAUGACGCGCAUUAGUUUGGCCGAAGUGAACUCCUUGGAAGCGAAACAAUUCGAGUGGGUGUUUAGGAAUGUGAUAGAACACCACGAAGCCGCAGCAAGGCGGGUUCAGAACGAGCGGCCUUUUCAAACCGUGCCGGACCUGUGUGCCGCGUUCCACAAAUAUUUGGAUGAUAUCCCCGUAGAAGAAAAGCUUCUCAUACUGAAAUUGCACCCUGACCUGGCUGGUCGUUUGGCUGCUCAGGGCGAGCUCACUGUUGAGUCGUCGAGAGAGCAACAGAGCGCUGGCCUCGACAACUUAACUAAAGAACAGAAAGCCAUUAUUGAUACAUCCAAUGGAAGAUACAAAACCAAGUUUGGCUUUCCAUUUAUUAUUUGUGCAAGAGAAAACAAAGUUCAGGCAAUAAUAGAGGGACUGCAAAAAAGAUACAUCAAUACGAAGGAAGAGGAAAUCGAAAUUGGAAUAAACGAGGUCAAAAAAAUCUGCAGACUCCGUAUAUUGGACAUAGUCAAGAGUUGAAGUGUAUAUUUUCGCUAUGAUAUUAAUGGUUAAAAAUUCAUGGUUACAUUAUUUAUUUUUCGAAUAUUAUUUUAAACAACUAUUUGAAAAUACUCUAUAAAUAUUCACUGUACUGCCUGAAGGCUAGAAAAAAAUUGUU